AAUCGCUUGUUCAGCAUGCAAUGCCACGCCAACGCGUGUAGCCUACGGAUAGGCCUACUUGUAGGUGCAGGCAGGAUUGUGGUUAGCUCAAGGCUUUCCAAACCAGGGCGGGUAGGCCACUCUAAAUGAGAUAGAAUGCUGAAAUAUUAAAGUCAGCCAACAGCUAUCGGAUUAGCCCUCACCACCAAGUCUACGGUUGUUUGGCAGCUUCGGCUGCAGACUCUGCAUUUUAAAUUCAGUUUCAAUUCGUUUUUAAAGCUUUGCGUGCUUCAUGAGCGGAGGUAUUAUCAGAAAAUAGAGCGAUGGACAUGAAGACUCCACAUGUGACCCAUCAGCAAGCCAGCGGCCUGCUCCACAACAAAUUUGUUGUUGUCCUAGGAAGUUCAUUUCAGCGUGGGGUAUAUAAAGAUCUUGUGCUGCUGUUACAGAAAGAUAACUACCUGUCCCUGUCUCAACUAAAGAACAAGGGAGAGGAGCAAUUUGAAAAGGAUGAGCUUCUUGAGGGUGGCAGAAAAGGACAGCUGUCCAAUGGAACUCAGUACAAGGAGGUCAGAGAAUACACUUCGGACCACCACCUUGUUCGCUUUUAUUUUAUCACUCGCGUAUAUUCUGAGUAUGUGCAGAGAAUUUUGGAAGACUUCAAAAACGGUCUCAAACCAGACUUGGUCAUCGUCAACUCUUGCGUGUGGGACGUCUCCAGAUAUGGGCGACAGUGGGAGCCAGACUACUUGGAAAAUCUAAACACGUUUUUCGGAAAGCUGAGAACCAUCCUCCCAGAUGAGGCUUUGAUCAUCUGGAACUUGACCAUGCCUCUGGGCAAAACCAUUAUUGGUGGCUUUCUGGUACCAGAGAUUGCAGAGUUUGGCCCAUCGCUGCGUUUUGAUAUCAUCGAGGCCAACUACUGCAGCACCACGCUGGCCAGCGUGUACGGCCUGGACGUGCUGGACCUACACUUCCAGUUCCGCUUCAGCCUGCAGCACCGCAUGAAGGACGGGGUGCACUGGAAUGCCGUGGCCCAUCGCCGCAUCACCUGCCUGCUGCUGGCGCACGUUGCCAACGCCUGGGGUGUCGAGCUGCCACCAUCACAGCCCCCAAAAGGUCUGAAUCAGAGAUUUAGCAGCGAAGAUGUAGCCACCAAGGCAAUGUACCAACAGCCAAGGAAAGGCCAAAGACCAGUCACUAGUUGGAGACCUAAGGAAUGGAAGGUCAACUACCCACAGCCUGCCACUUCCUGGAAGACUCCACACUUCUAUGGAGUCACUAGGUGGAGACUCCAGGAGAGGUGGGCUGACUGCUACCCACUGCCUGACAACCCCUUGAAGGUUCCGCACUGCUAUGGAGGUCUAAAUCGGAGCUUUAGCAAGCAAGAUCCGGCCACCAAGGAGAUGUACCAGCAACCAAGGAACGGCCAGAAUUCAGUCACUAGGUGGAGACUUCAGGAGAGAAGGGCUGACUGCUACCCACUGCUUGAAAGCCCCACGAAGGCUGUACACUGCUAUGGAGGUGAAGGUCUGAAUCAGCACUUUAGCGACCAAUAUCCAGCCACCAUGGAGAUGUACCAGCAACCAAGAAAUGCUCACAAUUCAGGGAACGACCCAAGAAUGAGAAUCACUAGAUGGAGAUUACAGGAAAAGAGGGGUGACCACUACCUUCCGCAUAACACCCUCAUGAAGAAUCCAUCCUGCUAUGGAGAACCAACUGGAUUUGACAGGUACGAGAAUCGCCUCAAUUACCAGUGUACAUACCAGGAGCCACAUUUCAGGGAGCCACAUUUUGUGACAAGAGAUUUCUCCAGAGGCUACACUGCACCUCAGCUGGCUGGACAGUCUUGUACAACCAGGACCAAAGUCACCAGGUGGAGCUUCCAGGAAAGGAGGGAUGACCACUAUCUGCCACCUGUCACCCCAACAAAGCCUUCACACUGUUGUCGAGUGAGACAUGUCUCUCUUGUGAGUUCGAAUUGGCAAGAUCCAGCCACCAAUGAUGUGUACCAGCAACCAAGGAAUGCCCAAAAUUCAGUCACUAGUUUGAGACCCCAGAAAAGGAGGGCGGACUGCUACAUGAUGUCUACCCCCCACCCGAAGGCUCCACGCUGCUAUGGAGGUGCAGGUGUGAAGCAGAGUUUUGCCGAACAAGAUCUGGCUACCAGUGUGAUGUACCAGCAACCAAGGAAUACUCAGGAUUCAGUCACUAGAAGCAGCCUUCAGGAAAGGAGGGAUGACUUCUACCUGCCGCCUGCCACCCCAACAAAGCCUUCUCGCUGCUAUGGAGGUCUGAAUCGGAGCUUUAACAAACAAGAUUCGGCCAUCAAUGAGGUGUACCAGCAGCCAAGGAAUUCCCAGAAUUCAGUCACUAGUUUGAGACCCCAGAAAAGGAGGGCGGACUGCUACAUGAUGUCUACCCCCCACCUGAAGGCUCCACGCUGCUAUGGAGGUGCAGUGAGGCAUGUCUCUCUUGUGAGUUCGAAUUGGCAAGAUCCAGCCACCAAUGAUCUGUACCAGCAACCAAGGAAUGCCCAAAAUUCAGGUGUGAAUCAGAGUUUUGGCGAACAAGAUCUGGCUACCAGUGUGAUGUACCAGCAACCAAGGAAUACUCAGGAUUCAGUCACUAGAAGCAGCCUUCAGGAAAGGAGGGAUGACUUCUACCUGCCGCCUGCUACCCCAACAAAGCCUUCACGCUGCUAUAGAGUGCUCAAUCAGAGCUUUAGCCGGGAAGAUCCAGCCACCAGAUGGAUCAGCAGGGAGUCAAGGAAAGAGCAGUGUUCAGAACCAACUGGAUUUAACAGGUGCGAGAAUCGCCUCAAUUACCAGUGUACAUACCAGGAGCCACAUUUCAGGGAGCCACAUUUUGUCACAAGAGAUUUCUCCAGAGGCUACACUGCACCUCAGCUGGCUGGACAGUCUUAUUGUACGACCAGGACCAAAGACCCAGGCUUCUCUCUUGGCAACUAUCAACACCACUCUCCAAAUGACAACUAUGUGAUGCGAAACAAAUACUCCGGCCGUGCCCAGUACAGGCCGUACUGAGACCCUUCUGCCUUCCCUCCGAUUACAUUUUAAAAUGGAGCAGCUUUUACAAUUUUGCCAUUUACUAUUGUAUUGCUAUAUAAAAACAAUAAAAUUGAAAUCAAUUUAGAUAAAUAAAUAAAUAAAUGUUAAA